CUGACUGGAAGGAGGCGAGAUUAAGAGCUCCUUCCAUCCAUCCUCCGCAGUCUCCUUCGCAUCCCGCCCGGCGGAACCGAGCCUCAGACGGGCGCGCGGACCAGAACGCCGACCGGCGAAACGUGGCCGGCGGCUGCGGCCGCUGCUUUUUUUUUUCUUCCCUCCCCCUCUCCACCCCCCACCGUCACCUCGAGAACACACAGCAAUGUGAAUGGCGGCGGAAUUCCACAGCAGGGCUGUCUGUGGGGGCCAGGAGGAGCCGCCCGCCUCGGGAGCCGUCGCUCACUGGCACGCGCGCAGCCACGGCCACCUCCAGUUCCAGCCCCCGACACGCACCUCCCAGUGGCAGGCCACUCUGGAUCACACCAGGAGUCACGCUCGCACUCAUCACUUCAUCGCUCCCUCGCGCGCGCAGCAGCCGAGGUACAGCUGUCGCCUCACACACAGUCUCACGGCCAUGACCAAAGCAGAGAGGGGAAUGCAGGGCUCUGCGGAGAAGAUGACCAAGGCCAGUGAACCUUUGGUUCCCAAAGCUCCUCAGCAGGCUUUGCAGACAAACCUGAACCAGAAGUUGUCCAUAUGCAGCAAAUUAUGCUUUGCGAUUGGCGCCGCUCCCAAGGAGGUGACGUCCAGCGCUUCAGCCUUCUUCCUGCAAAUCUACCUGCUGGAUGUUGCUCAGAUCAACCCCUUCCAGGCCUCCUUGGUGCUGUUCAUAGGUAGAGUGUGGGGUGCUGUGACCGACCCGGUCAUCGGGUUCCUCAUCACAAAGAGCAGCUGGACAAAGAUAGGCAGACUCAUGCCCUGGAUCCUGGGCUGCACGCCGUUUCUGGUGGUGUCGUACUUCUUCCUCUGGUUCGUUCCCCCCUUCGUCAGCGGCAGGUUCAUCUGGUACCUGGUCUUCUACUGCCUCUACCAAACACUCAUCAAUUGUUUCCACGUGUCUUACUCUGCUCUCACCAUGUUCAUAAGCACAGACCAGAAGGAACGGGACUCGGCCACGGCUUACCGAAUGACGGUGGAGGUGAUGGGGACCCUUUUGGGCGCUGCCAUCCAGGGCCAGAUCGUGGCCAGCGCUCACACUCAGAAGCAUUGCUCUCCUCACAACACGUCUGCUGGUUACCUUGGAAACAGCACCGGGGCAGAGAUGAAGAGUCUGGUGCCGUCCCAGGAGUACCUGUCACAAGCUGAGGAGCUCUACUUGAUUGCUGCGGGUGUGAUAGGAGGAGUGUUCGUGCUGUGCACUGCGGUGAUGUUCCUGGGAGUCAAAGAGCGGGAAGAUCCCUACGGCCCGAAGACGGAGGAGCAGAUUCCCUUUGUGCAGGGCUUCCUCAAAGUGAUGGGACAUGGGCCGUACAUCAUCCUGACAGCCGCAUUCCUCCUCAUCACUGUCGCAGUUCAGCUGACACAGAGCAACUUCGUGCUCUUCUGCACCUACGCUGCCGGAUUGAGGGAGCACUUCCAGAACAUUGUGGUGCUGAUCCUCGUCUCUGCGCUGCUAAGCAUACCGUUCUGGCAGUGGUUCCUCAAGAGAUUUGGGAAGAAGACAGCGGCUUUUUGUGGCAUCACGUGGAUCAUGCCCUUCUCCAUGAUGCUGGUGUUCAUCCCUAACUUGGUGGUGGCUUACAUUGUGGCGGUCUCCUCUGGGCUCAGCAUAGCUGCGUCGCUGCUACUGCCAUGGUCCAUGCUGCCAGAUGUGGUGGAUGAUUUCAGACUGACCAACAGCUCCUCUAAAGGCCAUGAAGCCAUCUUCUAUUCGUUCUAUGUUUUCUUCGUCAAGUUGGCUGCUGGCAUCACCUUGGGAGUGUCCACUCUGUGCUUGCAGUUUGCUGGGUACAAAACCCGCAGCUGCUCGCAGCCCCCUGCUGUGGUGUACACCCUCAAGCUCCUGAUCGGCGCCGCACCCAUAGCCUUCAUUGUCACGGGGUUAAUGAUCCUGGUUUUGUAUCCCAUCAACGAAGACGUACGGCGCAGGAAUAAACUCUGGCUGGAGGAGCUACGGUGUGUAGAAAUCAUUAAUGCACAACUGCGGGAAAAGCUCUAAUCCUUCGACUCUGUCCUUCCUUUCAACCUCCAAACUGUUGCAACCUUGUUGCGAAAGACUUUCUUUAAAAAACAAAACAAAAAAAACUGGUGAGAGGGGGUUUAGAAAAUGCUGCUGUAAUCUGGUGGCAGUACCAAAGUGAUCCGCCAAUGUAAAUACUCAGGGGGACUCCAGCUAUCUUAAAGAUACAGCAUCUGAACACAUGUAGUUAGAUUAAAUAUUCGAGGUUCAUGGGCUCUCAACUUCCUGCUUUUCCUCUAUUUCUUCAUCAACCUAUUCACAACACUUUGCAGUGACAAAACAAAGCAACUCGCAGCAUAUUUUUGUGUUAAAAGUCAAAAACAUAUUUCUUCUGUAAGUUUUCAGAUUCCUCACUAGAUCUUUUGGUGACGUCAAUUGCUUGGGGGCGUUUCCAAUUCCUCCAAUUAGAAGAGCUCAGACAAAUAUCAAGGGUCAAAAGUGCCACUGUCCAACAAAUAGAUAAUAAGUAUGUUGAACAAAUAUGGAUACAUAUCUAAAAAAAAUGACAGGAAUGUGCCAUUAAGUCAUCCAAGUCAAACAACUGUUGGGGCAUAAAUAGUUUUCAACAUGUUAUUUGGUAAAAAGUGAGUAAAAUAUAAAAAAAUCAUUUUGCUUCCGAUGACAAAAAAAAACAAACAAAGAAAAGAGGUGAAAUAUCUCACUUGCUGUCACACACAAAAAAAACAACCUUUGGCUUAAUGAAAACAAUUUCAAAUCUAAAUGUGUACAUUUGUUGAAUUGUGGUGCUUGUUAGCCAGCUCUGAAGAGGUGCAUGAGUGCACUGCCAUUUUUUUGGCCUCUCUGGAGAUACCUGCGUGGUCAAAUGAAUCCUCUUGUUUGAAUGCAAACCGAGAUUGUGAGCGAUGUGGAAAGGACUUCUCUGUUUUUCCUCCAUUUGACUUUCCCUGCAUUCUGACUCGUCUCCGAACUUGUCCCGAACAAAGAUCCCCAUGUCAUGAGUUCACUUUAGGAGUUUUAACUAGGAACAGCUAAAUCUUGCUGUAAGCUGUGGCCAAAUAACUCUUGUAGAUUGAUGAAGAAAAAAAAAAAAAAAAAAAAAUGUUUACUUUCUAUGAUACGAAUGUAGCACUGAUACUGAUGUCUCUCGCAGGAAGCAAAGCAUUGACUCCGAACCUACGAAGAUUUAAGUAACGUGUGAGCAGGAUGUUGGAGUGAAUUCACAAAGCCACGGAUUCCAGUCAUGAGGCUGGGAUGUUGCUCUUUGGUGUAUAUUACACUGUCAAAUAUGGAAAUAGUUUUAAUGUAAACAUUUUUUUGUUUUACUGCCACACAUACUGUAUAGUCAUCUUGAAUAUAUAAACAUAUAAAUGAUUUAUAUAAAUGAAUGUAUAUUAUAUGCUGUGUUUAACUCUACGCUGUUAUUUAUUUACGGUACAUAAUUACAGAAGGAUUGAUGACAGACGAUGAAUAAAUGCCGUAGAGACGGGAUGGGACCAAAUCAAUUUCUCUUGUCUUUCUUCAGUGUGAAGGUGUUGCAAUUAAACGUAGGGGGCGGGGGGGGGUCUCGUUGUACGAAGAUGUGUUUAUUGGUAGUCAACAUUUCACAUUAUGGUAUAAAAGAAAGAACACCCUCUUUCAAUUCUGGAGUUUUAUCCAUAAGAACAAUCCCGCCGAGGAGCCAGAAAAGUAAACGCAAUGCAGUGUUUGAUGGGUCGUCGACGAGGA